UGUAUCCCCAUUGACACUGAAGAAUCAACACUUCCUUGCUGAUCAAUAUUCCCAGAACUGGUGGCACAGCCAGGACCGACGUUGAUGCUUACCUCCACCUCUCCUGCUCUCCUGCAGCAGAGACGCCCCCGUCCCUGUGGCCCAGGGAGGUGCCAGGGGUCCCUGGGAAGGCGGGAGAUGGGGAAGGGGCAGGGUGAGCGAAGAGGAGCAGGCUGCGUCAGCACGCGGGAUGGGAAGCGGGGCUUCCGGGCCGCAGGGUCGCGGGGACGGGUGUGAUGCAAUAGCGCCACAGCCGCUGCGUCAAGGGGCGGCUCCGGGAUGCGAGGACUGCGGUAGAGCCGGUCCCGCCCCUGCCGCUCGCCGCCGCUAACCCCGCGGACAGCCGCCGGGACGACCACCAAGAGCCACCGGAGCCCCCGACACCCGCCCCGAGGCACCGGUAACCCGCGGCACCCGCCCCGGGGCGCGCCAUGAAGUCGGCGGCGAGCUCGCGCGGGGGCGGUGGGGGCGGCCGCGGGGGCGGCGGCUGGGGCGGCUGGGGCGGGGGCCGAGGCGCCGGCGGCGGCGCGGGCAAGGGCGGCGGGGGCGACGGCGGCGGCCAGGGGGGCAAGGGCGGCUUCGGAGCGCGGGCGCGCGGCUUCGGCGGAGGCGGCCGGGGCCGGGGGCGCGGCGGCGGCGGCGGCGACGGCAAGGAUCGCGGCGGCGGCGGCGGACAGCGGCGGGGCGGCGUGGCCAAGAGCAAGAGCCGCCGCAGGAAGGGCGCCAUGGUGGUGUCUGUGGAGCCGCACCGGCACGAGGGCGUCUUCAUCUACCGCGGGGCGGAGGACGCACUGGUCACGCUGAACAUGGUGCCGGGCCAGUCGGUGUACGGCGAGAGGCGCGUCACGGUGACCGAGGGAGGCGUGAAGCAGGAGUACCGCACGUGGAACCCGUUCCGCUCCAAGCUGGCCGCGGCCAUCCUGGGCGGGGUGGACCAGAUCCACAUCAAGCCCAAGUCCAAGGUGCUGUACCUGGGCGCCGCGUCGGGCACCACCGUCUCCCAUGUCUCCGACAUCAUCGGCCCAGACGGCCUGGUCUACGCCGUCGAGUUCUCCCACCGCGCCGGCCGCGAUCUGGUCAAUGUGGCCAAGAAGCGCACCAACAUCAUCCCGGUCCUGGAGGACGCGCGGCACCCGCUCAAGUACCGCAUGCUCAUUGGGAUGGUGGACGUGAUCUUCGCCGACGUGGCCCAGCCCGACCAGUCCCGCAUCGUGGCCCUGAACGCCCACACGUUCCUGCGCAACGGGGGCCACUUUCUCAUCUCCAUCAAGGCCAACUGCAUCGACUCCACCGCAUCCGCCGAGGCUGUGUUUGCUUCAGAGGUGAGGAAGUUGCAGCAGGAGAACUUGAAGCCUCAAGAGCAGCUGACCCUGGAGCCCUAUGAGAGGGACCACGCUGUGGUGGUCGGGGUCUACCGGCCUCUUCCCAAGAGCAGCAGCAAGUAGCACCCAGCUCAGGCUCGCCUGCCAUCUCCCAAGCCUGUGUUGUGUUUGCUAUUAUUUUCUAUGUGUUUUCUUUGUGCGUGUUUUGUUUUGUUGUUUUUCUAUUAAACUGCAUAAAGAAACGGCACCUAUCUGUAUGGUGAUGCCAGGCUAAGUUUUGCUGCAGUAACAAUCAACCCCCAAAUCCCAGUGGCCUUAAACCGGCUGGUGUAAGGGGCCCAUCAAGCAGUAGCCUGGGAGCUGUGGUCCUUCUAAUCACUCAUGUCCCCAACUCCCCAGGGCCCCAUUUUCACACAUGCUCCCUCCAUCCCUAGGGCAGAGGAAAGAGAGCUGGGGAAUUGCUAAUAAAAGCUUUUAAACGUCCCCUUGGAACUGAAGGGGCACUUCUGCUCACAUUUGGCCAAGUCACAUGACCAAGCCUGACUGGGGAAAAACACUGAAUAUUGAUGGACAAUAAUAUAGUCAAAUACACCAAUCACCUGACUCACAGCCAAAGUCUUAACCACAAUAGGUUUUUAGUAUUUUACUCUUCAACUAAGCCCUUUUGCAUUCACUGUUAAAGUGAAUAAUAAAUAAAUGUUGAAUUUAUUCCUCACACCAGCCCUGAGAUGGCUUUGUUAGCACUUGCAUGUUACAUGUGAAGCAACAGGGCUUCUGAAGGUAAACUAGAUGCCCAAACUUACAUAGCCAGUAAGGAGGUAAAA